AUGUCUGCUACUGCUCCCAAGACCCCGAUUUGGCUCGACUGCGAUACCGGCCAUGAUGAUGCAUACGCACUUCUUUUGUGUGCCCAUGACCCUCAAGUCGAGCUACUUGGUGUAAGCACAGUUCACGGCAACGCUGCGCUCGACCAGACGACCUACAACACUAGGGCGAUACUCGAAGCCAUUGGUAGGCGCGAUGUUAAAGUCUGCUCUGGCGCAGCGAAACCGAUUGCCCGCGAUGCUGUACACGCAGCCGACAUCCAUGGCGAGUCCGGGUUAGAUGGAGUCACGUUGCUCCCAGUGCCAGUUGAGCCAGCAGCCACCGAUGUCGACCAUCUCGAGGCCGCAUACCGGGCGCUCAUUGCUACGCCUCCAGACACCGCCUGGCUAGUUUCCACAGGUACCCUGACCAACAUCGGCUUGUUAUUCCAGAAAUACCCUGAUCUGGUCGGCCACAUCAAGGGCCUCAGCAUCAUGGGAGGAGCCGUCGGCGGAGGCUUUACAGAUGCGCCAAUGGGCAAAGUAGAAGGCGAAGGAGAAAGAUUUGGCAACUGGACUCCCUACGCCGAGUUCAACAUCUAUUGCGACCCAGAAGCCUCACACUUCAUCUUCUCCAACCCCAUCCUCCGCCCCAAAACAACCCUCAUCCCCCUCGACCUCACCCACCAAGUCCUCGGCACCCGCAAAGUCCGUCAAACCCUCCUCUACGGUUCUGCAAUCUUUGAUUCCGCCUCUCCAGCAGAAAAUGACCAAACACCAACCCCCUUACGCGCCCUCUUCACCCAAAUAAUGUCCUUCUUUGCCUCCACCUACGCGGAAGUCUUCUCCAUCACCCAAGGCCCACCGUUGCACGACCCCCUCGCCGUCUCCGCAGCGUACAACCCGCGCAUCUUCGAUGACCGAGACGGCGAGCGCUUCCUCGUCGAUAUCGUAACGCAGGGUAUUCACUCGUCUGAUAAAUCGCUCGUCGGUGAGCUCGGCAGGACAAAAGUGACGAAGCUUCCUCCUGGCCAGCCUGGCUGCAGGAUCCCGCGAGCAGUUGACCUGAAUGCUUUUUGGGGGAGCAUCGAGAGUGCCCUGCAAAAGGCUGAUGCUGUUAGUCCAUUGCCGAGGGUUGAGCUUGAGGUGUUGGAGCGUGUGGGUGUUUUUGAGGGGGUGACCAGGCCCAGUGAGAUUUAG